AUGGUUACCAAUCCAUGGGCCACGACUACUUCUCAACCUCAAACUACCUCAAGUAAUCUAUAUCCAAGCGGUCAGUUAGUGAACAACGACCCUUGGGCUCCUUCCACGGGAACAAAUUUGCUUGGUGUAGGAAAUACUGAUCGAUUACCACCUAUUCCCAGUGUUGGACCUAGAUGCGAGAUUACUUCACUGGCUCAUGUUUGUAAAGAAGAGAUGUAUAUCAAAAAUAAACUAACUCAUUUCGCAAAUGCGUAUACAACCAAGGUUGAGCGAGAGGUGCCGAAAUCUCGUUCCUUCGAGAACAAAGAUACGCAAAAUCUUAAAAUCAUGAUUAAUUCCGCAAGUGCACUAAUGACCAACAAGUUUACGGCAGUUUUAAACGGAUUUUUAGCCACAAACACAGAGGCUCCCAUCCGAUGUCAGCAACGUCCGGUUCCCCAGAAUAACGCCAAAAUUUCUGCAAAUUUAUCAUUCACUGUUGUGACAAAUCGCGCAGCGACCGGAAUCGCGCGAGGUAUGCCUUAG